AUGGCUUCUCUUAUCAGUACAUACGGUUCGCUCCGUCGCUUUGAAGAUGCCCGACGGGUUUUCCUCACGAUUGAAGGGCCCGUGGAUGCUGCUUGUCUUCGAGCUAUUCUUUUUGCCUGCAGCACGGCGAGUCCACCACAAUGGAACGAGGCCCUCGUGCUACUACACACGUGUGACGUGAUCGGUGGCACCCGUUCACCAACGCACAUGGAUUCAAUCGCCGUCAGCAACGCCAUGCUGGCUUGCUCCAAGGCGGAUCAGUGGGAAGAGUCGUUGCAGCUUUUGCGCUUGUACGGCGAUAAUGCCACGUCGCCGUUGGCACUGAAUUCACUGAUUGCUUCCUGCGGCCGCGGGGGUCGGCCCGAUAUGGCGAUAGAAGUAUUGAACGAAAUGCGUGUAUAUGGCUUGCAGCCCGACACAGUGAGUUACCGGAAUGCUGUGAUCGCCUGCAAUCAAGCCGAACACGAAAUGCAUCGUGCGGCACGUAACCAUCGCGAGGUCCGGUUGGCUCAGGACGAAGUAGGUUUUGCGUGGUGGGAAUGCGCCUUAUCUUUACUGCGCCGCAUGCAAGAAGAAGGUCAGCAACCCGAUACACAAACCUUUUCAUCGGCAAUCAGUGCGUGCGAAUCGGCUGGUCAAUGGCAACGCGCCUUGCGUGUUCUGCAGUCAACUCUGGAUGACGGCGACGAUUCCAAGCUGAAUUUGUAUUGUUUCAACGCUGCCAUUGCAGCUUGUGAAAAGGGAGGGGCCUGGGUGGAGGCCUUGGAAAUAUACGAACGCAUGAAAGCUCACGGAGGAAGCCUUCGUCCUAACUUUGUGACGAUCGCGAGCUUGGUAUUGGCGCUGGAUCGUGGCGGUCAAAAAGAGCUGGCUCAAGAAGUCUACCGGGAAGGGGCACAGCAAUUGCGAGUGGUGCAGCCCUGGCGCUACACUCAGAAUGCACAAGAAGAACGUGUGCGUGCCAUGGACCUCCACACAUUUUCGGCGGCCAUGUCCAGAGCUGCUCUGCGCAGUUACUUGGAGCGUCUGUUGGCGAAGGAAACCGUGGUGCCGGCGGACGAUUGGAUUAUAAUUGUUGGUCAGGGUCGGCACAGUGUCGAGGAACCAGUCCUACUGCCAACGGUGUGGAGACUAUUGCAAUACGAGUACAAACUUCCCGUCACCACGAAUCCAGUCAAUCCGGGCCGCCUUGUGGUGCAAUCCCGCGACUUAAGCGUGUUGGUGAAAACGAAAAGUUGGCGAUAA